UUUAUUUUCGCGCCCAGUAUUGACUAUAAGUAGUGGAGCUCUGGCAAAGUUCUUUAAUCUUUUCUCAGUCUGUCUAUUGAUCUUUUCUUCGUCAUGUCGGGACGCGGCAAGCAGGGAGGCAAAGCUCGCGCCAAGGCCAAGACCCGCUCUUCUCGGGCUGGUCUCCAGUUCCCCGUGGGCCGAGUGCACCGGCUGCUCCGCAAGGGCAACUAUGCUGAGCGGGUCGGGGCCGGCGCCCCGGUGUAUCUUGCAGCGGUGCUGGAGUACCUGACAGCCGAGAUCCUGGAGCUGGCGGGCAACGCCGCUCGCGACAACAAGAAGACCCGUAUUAUCCCGCGUCACCUGCAGCUGGCCAUCCGUAACGACGAGGAGCUCAACAAGCUGCUGGGCAAAGUGACCAUCGCUCAGGGUGGUGUCCUGCCCAACAUUCAGGCCGUGCUACUGCCCAAGAAGACAGAGAGUCAUCACAAGGCCAAGGGCAAAUAAUGUCUCCAUAGCAUCACUUUCCAAUAUAACGGCUCUUUUCAGAGCCACUUACUAUUUCUGCGGGAGAGCUGGGCC